ACAAUUUAAUGAAAUUUUGCUAAAGUAGAUUAAAUCGAGUUUUCUUUUUUUUUUUCUUUUUGCUUUAAGAAAGCGAUCAAUCCUUCAGGCCCUGAAAUUUAGAGAGAAAAUGUUAGAACUCAUGAUUAGGCUAGAAUUGGAAAAAUAUCCAGUAUCUUUUAAUAUAAUUAAAAUCACGUAAUAAAUCAUUCUUGGGUUUGUGCAGCCAGAUCACACAAGAUUUGAACUGUUUCAAAGUAAUAAUGCUGGCUGAUGUUAGAAGAAAUUUAAAUUCCUGUGGACUGGGUUUAAAAUUAUUAAAUCUGAAAUUCUUUCUUCGUGCCCUCUGGAAUUCACUGCCCAUCAAAAUUCCUGUAGUCUCAAAUCCUCCUGUUAACAGUCUCUUUACUUUCUUAUUCAAAUGGAAAUCUGCAGCCCUCUUAAACUGUGGCUAUUUUUCCACCUUUCCACUGGGCCAGGAAGGUGACUUCAACUAGAACCCAGAGUUUGCUACCAUAAAGUAACUGUUGCAAACUUUCUUUCCCAAUCCCUGAGCCCUAAGUGAUUAGGUCCAAUUCCUUAGUCUACCUAGAUAUUGGAAUUUCAAAUUUAACUCUGCCAAAAUAGACACUUAUUUUUAUUUAUUUAUUUAUUUUUGCUUUUUAGGGUCACAUGUGUGGCAUAUGGAAGUUCCCAGGCUGGGGGUCGAAUCAGAGUUGCAGCUGCUGGUCUAGUAUCCUCUGGAUACUAGUUGGGCUCAUUACCACUGAGCCACAACAGGAACUCUCUGAAAUAGAGAUCUUGAUUCACCCUUUUCAUCUCUAUAAAAACUUCACUAUCACUUUAAUGCCUCAAAUAAAAAAAUCUAAAAUCAUCUUGAGGAGUUCCUGUCACAGCUCAGUGUGAACAAAUUUGACUAGUAUCCAUGAGGACGCAGGUUCAACCCCUGGCCUCAAUCAGUGGGUUAAGGAUCCGGUGUUGCUGUGAGCUGUGGUGUAGGCUGCAGAUGCAGCUUGGAGGCUGUGGUGUAGGCCGGCAGCUAUAGCUCCUAUUCGACUCCAAGCCCAGGAAACUCCAUAUUCUGUGGGUGUGGCCCUAAAAAGACAAAAAAAAAUAAAUAUAAUAAAAUCACCUUGAUAUUUCUCAUCUUUCAAAUAUCCACAUCAAAUCCAUCAGCAAGUCCUAUAGGACCAGGACCCUUAAUCAAAUGAUAGUAUCACAUUCCCACUGACAUCACUGAUAUCCCACCGUCAAACAUUAUCAACUCUCCCCUGCACACCCUCAGAGCCCUUGUACCAGUCUCAUAAUGGUCUCCACUUUUAAAUCCAAUCCUGGUAUGGUCAAAAGAUUGUUGUGAAGUUCCUGUUGUGGCUCAGUAGUAACGAACCCAACUAGAAUCCAUGAGGACACGGGUUUGAUCCCUGGCUUCACUCAGUGGGUUAAGGAUCCAGUGUUGCUGUGAGCUGCCGUGUAGUUCACAGACACAGCUCAGAUCCCAAGUUGCUGUGGCCAUGGUGUAGGCCGGCAGCUGCAUUUCUGAUUUGACACCUAGCCCGGGAACUUCCAUAUGCUGUACAUGCAUCCAAAAAGCAAAAAGUAAAUAAAUCAAUUAAUUAAAUAAAAUUAAAAAAAGAAAGAUUGUUGGAGUCAGAGUAUCGGAGGGAGUGGAAAGAUAGGCUGUAAUCAGUGAACGAGAUUAAGGAGAGUUUACGAUGAGAGAGUCAUAAAACCAUGGGAGUGGGAGUUCCCAUGGCUCAGCAGAAAGAAAUCGGACUGGUAACCAUGAGAUUGCAGGUUCACUCAGUGGCCUCACUCAGUGGGUCAAGGAUCUGCCGUUGCCGUGAGCUGUGGUGUAGGUUGCAGACACUGCUUGGAUCUGAAGUUGCUAUGGCUGUUGGGUAGGCCAGUGGCUACAGCUCCGAUUCCACCCCCAGCCUAGGAACCUCUAUAUGCCUUGGGUGUGGCCCGAAAAAGCAAACAAUUAAAAAUUAAAAAAACUAAAAUAAAACCAUGGGAGUGAGUAGCUCCAUGGCAACAGAGGGCAAGACCACUGAAUGUGAGUUCAAGGAAGUGAGAGGCCAGAGUGUUGGAUCAUCCAGGUAUGUAUUUCAAGUGAGGAAUUAAGAUAGUAGUGGAGUUGGAGAGUAAGCCAAGAGUUACAAUUUUCAAGAAAUUAAGAGGGAUUUUAGGGGUCAAUAAAUUGACAAUGCAAUGUUGUCAGGAGAUGUUGUCAGGUGACUAAAGACUAAAGGCUCUUGUGGUGUAGGUCAAAGACGCGGCUCAGAUCGCUCAGAUCCUGCGUUGCUGUGGUUCUGGCAUAGGCCGCAGGCCGGCGGCUCCAGCUCUGUUUCGACCCCUAGCCUGGGAAACUCCACAUGCUGCAGGAGCGGCCCAAGAAAAGGCAAAAAGACAACAACAGCAACAACAACAACAACAACAACAACAACAAAAGACUAAAGGCUCUAUGUGUUUAGGAAUGUGGGAGGGAGAUUCACCCAUCUCAUCUCCAGGCUUUACUUCUAUAACAUAUACCAAAUCCAUUUCCUCAUCUCCAUUUUUACUGCUGCCAUCCUAGUCCUUUCUCCCUCUCUCUUUCGUGGAUCCCUGCAAUUGAGCUUCCUAAUUGAUGUCCUUGAUCCUUGAUUACCAACAUUUUACAGCAUCUUUGAUACUACGACUUGUUUUAACCAGAUUCAAUUCACUGAGAAAGAAGGUGACUGAUCCCUGGAAGCUCCCACGUGGCCCAGUGGGCUAAGGCUCUAGCGCUGCCACAACUGUGGUGGAGGUCACAACUGCUGGACAGGUUUGAUCCCUGGCCCAGAAAUUUCUACAUGCUGGCAAGGCCAAAAAAAUUUAUGUAAAUAGUCUAAGUAUUCAAAAUACAAUGUCUUGCCCUUUCUUUCUAAGUGAAUUUGACUUAUAGGUAACUUUUCCCCCCACUAUCAUGGUCAUUUAAAAAAAUUUUUUUAAUAUAGUUGACUUACAAUGUUCCGUCAAUUUCUGCUGUACAGCAAAAUGACCCAGUUAUACAUCUAUCUAUAUCUAUAUAUAUACACACACAUUCUUUUUCUCACAUUAUCCUCCAUCAUGUUCCAUCACAAGUGACUGGAUAUAGUUCUCUGUGCAAUGCAGCGGAAUCUCAUUGUUUAUCCAUUCCAAAUGCAAUAGUUUGUGUCUACUAACCCCAAACUCCCAGGCAAUCCCACUGCCUCCCCCUGCCUUGUCCUAUUUCUGAUCAAUUCAAUCAGGACCUCUGACAGGACAGGCCCUGAGACUGGCAUUUUUUAAAAGUUCCUCCAGGAUUUUAAUGUGCAGUUUUUGAGUGAACUAACCUAGGUCAGUUUACCCAAUAUUAUCUCUUUAUACAUAAUCAGUGUGUUGAGGGGGUCCUAAAUUUAUUUAUUCAGCCUGGACUGAUACCCUUCCAACUAUAUCCUUAUAAAUCCAUGGCUUAUUCAACAUUGCUCCUUGAAUUAAAUCUCUGAUUGAAUGUGAACUCUUAUUUUAGCCCCUCUCCCAUUUUUGCCCCAAAUUUAAUUCUAUCAGCUCCAAGUUCAAAAUAUAUCCAGAAUAUAACGAUUUCUCACCAACUUCACCUCUUCUUCCUGGACCCAAGUCAUCUCUCUCCUGGGUUUUAUUAUAAUAGAUUCUCAACCAAGCUACCACAAGCCUUGAAAAAGCAACUUAGUUUAUGUUUCUCUUCUGUUCAAACCCUUUAAUGGCUUCCCAUCUCACUCAGGGUAAAAGCCAGUCUUUAUAAUGGAUCUGAUUGGGUCUUUCACAGCCUCUCUGACUUCAGCUCCUUCUACUAUCUCCUUAAUUUGCCGUCACCCAGUCAUACUGGCCUCUUUCCUCUAAUAUGACGAGCAUGUUCUGCCUUAGGGCCUUUACAGGCCCACUGCCAGGGAAGUUUUCUUAAGUAUCCUUACAGCUAACUCCCUCACUUCCUUAAGACUAAAGUUCAAAUGUCACCUUAUCAAUGAAAUCUUCCCCAGAAACUGUAAAUAAAAAUAGUAUUCAGGGAGUUCCCUUUGUGACUCAGCGGUUAACGAACCCAACUAGGAUCCAUGAGGAUGUGGGUUCAAUCCCUGGCCUUGCUCAGUGGGUUAAGGAUCUGGCAUUGCCACGAGCUCUGUGGAGUAGGUCUCAGACUCAGCUUGGAUCCCGCGUUGCUGUGGCUCUAGCGUAGGCCAGCAGCUGUAGCUCUGAUUUGACCCUAGCCUGGAAACUUCUGUAUGCCACAGAUAAGGCCCUAAAAAGCAAAAAAAAAAAAAAUUAUUCAACCCCAAGACUGCCUUAUCCCUCUUCUUUCUCUUCAGAGCACAUAUUACCAUCUGUUAUACUGUAUAUUUACCUGUUUGUUUACCUUCUGUCUUCUCCACUAGGAUGUAAGUUCUGUGAAGGCAUAGAUUUCGCUUUGUUUAUGACUAUAUCCCUAGCCCUGCAAAAUGCCUGACACAUAGUGAGUCCAUAAUACAUAUCUGUUGAAUGAAUGAUUUUCUUAUUUUCUCCGCUAUCUUUAAUUUUCUCCACUAUCUUUUUUCCCACACAAAUGGAUAAACUCACCCAGUUUCUCUGCUUACUACACCACUGCAAUAAUACAAGCAAACUGAAGCACAUUUUUAAAUGUGCUAACUGAGGAGUGCCCCCUGUGGCACAAUGGGAGCAGUGGUGUCUCUGGUGUGCUAGAACUCAGGUUCAAUCCGGCAAGGCACAGCAAGUUAAAGGAUCCAGUGUUGCCACAGCUGUGUAACAGGUCACAACUGUGGCUUGGAUCUGAUCCCUGGCCGGGGAACCCCAUAUGCUGCAGGGUGGCCAAAAAUUAAAAAAAAGCUAAUUGACAUAGAAGGGUUUGACAGUAGGUAUGCUGAAAAAAAAAUGUAUUAUGUAUGUAUACAUACAGGUAUGUACAUAUAUACCAUAUAUAACCAUGCUGCUGUACCACGGAACAAUCUAGUUUAGGAACUGAUCCAAAUCCCCUCAUUUUUUUCUUCUCAGAGUACCAGCAAUCAUCAAUUCUAAUGGUAUUAAUAGCCUCAUGACAGGGGUACUGCCUUCUGCAGACCCUGAAAAGUAUUUCCCUGGCAUCAACUACUCUGUACAUUCAAAACUAGUUACAAUAGACUACACAGAUCUGUAUUCAGUUAGUUGUGAACAAUAAGAAUGGCCUUAAAAAUAUUACAGUUCAUACACUCUCAAUCCACCUCCUCCCCAUUUCAACCACAUACAGCUACACAAGUAUACUAAAUUAAAAAGAAAAAAAAAGAAAUUGAACAAUAAUAUAAGUAUAGGAGAAAUCUGAAAUCACUCCAACUUCAAACUUUAAAUCAUUUGCCUAGCAAGAGCAGCCCACAGAUGCACUGUGACUCAGCAUUUUAUGGUGCCUAAGACAUGAAAUGAGAUAAAGGUCUCGUUCCUUCAUGGCAUUAGCUAAAUCUGGAGCUAAAAUAAAUGAACUACCUUAAAAACACAAAGUCAGUGGCUGAAAUGUUAGAGUGCUCACACUAACACUGACUCAAUAUAUGAUGACAGGGAGGAGAGCAUGUGUCAGUUGAAGCACAUAGAACUGUUCUGAAAUAACUUCUCGACCUAUAACAUUAGCAAAUGACAAUGCUGACUACAAUUAACACUCAGAAACAGAAAAAAUAUUGUAAAUAAAUGAAAACUAUAAAAGUAUGAACUGUGGUGACUGAUUCAGAGUCAGGUAAAAAAAUAACUUAGAGCAAAGGAGGGAAUUUACCCAGGUAUUCUUCACGAGAAAACAGAAGCUAAAAUUGAACCAAGGGAAAACCCUUGCCAAAAAAAAAAAAAAAAAAAAAAAAAUUAAGUAAAACUGAAACAAAUAGAAAAGUUCAGUUCUUUUUGACUACGAACAAAAAGAAAAUAAGAUGAAAAUAAAACAAUAAAUGAUGUGAAGGUUGCAGUAAAAACAAAGUUUUCAGUUUAUAUUUUCAUGUGGAGCAGGAACUGAUGGAAGAAGAGAAUAUGGUAAUUGGCAAGCAGGGAGAGCUGGAUCACAAAAAAGGACUGAGGGGUAAUCCACAUGGAAGAAGUUGAUGAAUCCCACUUGGGGAUCCAAGAAUUUAAAUAAAGAUAAUCACUAGAGAUGUGGAGACAGCUUAUAGGCAAAUGGGCAAAAAAAAAAAACAGUUGGUUUUAGCUUGUUUUUAGUAUUCUGCAUGUAGUAACUUUUAAUCCUCAAAGCCAGCCAAUGAUAUAAAUACUAUUGAAUCCCAUUUUAUAGGUGAGAAAACAGCUUCAGAAAAGUUUAGUAACUUGCUCAAGGUCACAUUGAUAAUACAUGGCAGAGCCAGGGCACCAGCCCACACACUCUAACUCCACCACAGCUUUAUACUGCCUCUUAUGAAUGUUUCAAAAUGUGAACAGGAAGUGGGGGAAUUGAAAUUAUUGAGGCCUUUACUGAACUCAAAACUUUAUACUGCCUUUUAUGAACAUCUCAAAAUGUGAAAAGGAAGUGAACAAAUUGAAAUUAUUGAGGCCUUUACUUUUCAAACCAGACCAUUUGCAUUCAAAAAACAGAAGAGUGAAUUUUCCCUAAGGAACCUACAGCCUUUUAAUGGAGUUCAGACUCACAGCAAAAUACCAUUCAAAUCCUACAUCAGAUCUAUCCACAAAAGACACUAGCCAAGGGUAGUGGGAACACAAAUGAGACAGCAAUGUUCACUAGGGUGUAGAAUCAAGGAAAACUUCACUGAAAGAGCUGCAUUUUCGAUAGGAUUUGACAAAAAUGGGAGUUAGGUGAAAGGAGCAUCAUGACUUCACAUCAAUUACUCCCCGGGGUUUUCAGGAUAAACUUCAACUCCUUGGCAUGACAUUCAAGGCCCUCCAAACGAGGUCUGGAGGAACGCCAAGGAGAAGGGAUUAUCCUAAACUAGAUGCUAGAUGCUUAUGUUGGAGUCUUUAUUACCAGUUCAGGUUCCAAAGGAUCAGGACAUCUUAUUUCUUCUGCCUCCAUAAAUUGCUAGUGAGUUGAAGGCAGGUACUAUGGUUCACUAUUUUGCAACAUUCCCCUCCCCCAGUCCAGGCGUCCAUACAUCUUAGCACGUGGUAGGUGCACAGCAAACAUUUUCUGAGGCGAAUAUAAAUCACGGGGACAAUCACCAGAUGACUGUGCGCCCAACCAGGCUGCCUGCUACCAUCUAGAUCUCUGGAUAGUUAAUUUUAAAGCUACCAAGUAAAAAAUUUAAAUACCUGAUCCAGAUACAAUGGGUGGGAACUGUGGAUCUAGAUGCCACAAACCAAUUAUGACAGGACAUGAGACAACUGCGAAAAUCUAAACGUGGGCUAAGAAUUAGACAAAGGAAUUCAUUGCAUGUAGGUCAUCUGUCGGACAUAUACUUGGUGUAUUUAUAAACGAAAUGGUUUCCCGUAAGACACUGGAAGCAGGGAGUAUAGGUGGUAACAGAGGAAACAAAAUUGACAAUAAUACACUUCUUUUGGGGAAUGUUUGAAAAUACCCUAAUAUGAAACACACAGGGCACACACACACACACACACACACACACACACACACACACACACACGUGUUUUUCAUCGUAAGACCAGAAGGAACCAGAUCCAGAGGGUCCACCUGAAACAUCUCGAUUGUUAGGACGACCCCUGUGGGACGGACCAACUUUCCAACUUUACCGCCGUACUCGAAGCUGAUCAAGGGGGCGGCCAUGGACCGCAUGGGCCUCUUCACCCUUCCAGCACCCCCUUAAACACCUUUGGAGAAAGCUGAAGUCCUGGAGAUCGCCCAGCAGAAUUAGUUCUCCGGGUUUUGAAGCCAGACCCCGCCCCGCGACUCAGAGCCUCUGAGGAAGCCAGAACCAAGCGGGGUUCCCUCGGCCCCCACGACCCCCACAACCGCCCGGGGCGGGCUCCGCGCAGUGACGUCACGGCGCGCCGUGCGUCGGGCCAAAGUUCAGCCCCGCCCCCUCGCUUCCCCCUCGCUGUCUCGCACCGCCUGCGCUGUCGCUGCCGCCGCUGUGGGCCCGGCUCCGCUCCGCCUGCUCCGCCGCCUUCCUCCCUGAGCGCUGCCCGGCCGGCCGCCAUGGCGAACGUGGCCGACACGAAGCUGUACGACAUCCUGGGCGUCCCGCCCGGCGCAAGCGAGAACGAGCUGAAAAAGGCAUACAGAAAGUUAGCCAAGGAAUACCAUCCUGAUAAGAAUCCAAAUGCUGGUGACAAAUUCAAAGAAAUAAGUUUUGCAUAUGAAGUACUAUCAAACCCUGAGAAGCGCGAGUUAUAUGACAGAUAUGGAGAACAAGGUCUUCGGGAAGGUAGCGGUGGAGGUGGUGGCAUGGAUGAUAUUUUCUCUCACAUUUUUGGUGGGGGAUUAUUUGGCUUCAUGGGCAAUCAGAGCAGAAGUCGAAAUGGCAGAAGAAAAGGAGAAGACAUGAUGCAUCCACUCAAGGUAUCUUUAGAAGAUCUGUAUAAUGGCAAGACAACCAAACUACAGCUUAGCAAGAAUGUACUCUGUAGCGCAUGCAGUGGCCAAGGUGGAAAGUCCGGAGCUGUUCAGAAGUGUAGUGCUUGUCGGGGUCGAGGUGUACGCAUCAUGAUCAGACAGUUGGCUCCAGGGAUGGUACAGCAGAUGCAGUCUGUGUGUUCCGACUGUAAUGGAGAAGGAGAGGUAAUUAAUGAAAAGGACCGCUGUAAAAAAUGUGAAGGGAAGAAGGUGAUUAAAGAAGUCAAGAUUCUUGAAGUCCACGUAGACAAAGGCAUGAAACAUGGACAGAGAAUUACAUUCACUGGGGAAGCAGACCAGGCCCCAGGAGUGGAACCAGGAGACAUUGUUCUUUUGCUACAAGAAAAAGAACAUGAGGUGUUCCAGAGAGAUGGAAAUGAUUUGCACAUGACAUAUAAGAUAGGACUCGUUGAAGCUCUGUGCGGAUUUCAGUUCACAUUUAAGCACCUUGAUGGACGUCAGAUUGUGGUGAAAUACCCCCCUGGCAAAGUAAUUGAACCAGGCUGUGUCCGUGUAGUUCGAGGUGAAGGAAUGCCACAAUAUCGUAAUCCCUUUGAAAAAGGUGAUCUUUACAUAAAGUUUGAUGUGCAGUUUCCUGAAAACAACUGGAUCAACCCAGACAAGCUUUCUGAACUAGAAGAUCUUUUGCCAUCUAGACCAGAAGUUCCAAACAUAAUUGGAGACACAGAGGAGGUAGAGCUUCAGGAAUUUGAUAGCACUCGGGGCUCAGGAGGAGGUCAGAGGCGUGAAGCCUAUAAUGAUAGCUCUGAUGAAGAAAGCAGUAGCCAUCAUGGACCAGGAGUGCAGUGUGCUCAUCAGUAAACUCUGCAGUCAAAUUGCACAGGUGGAUUUUCUCUCCACGUUUGCCUGGUUUGUUUUCAGCGAUUCAGCUGGAGAAAGUCUGGUCAACCCAGAUGAACUGAUGGACGUCCGUUGGUCUAUGUGUAACUUUUAAAAUUGGUAUAGUAUCUACAGAGUGUAUAAUUUAAACUAACCACAAAGCUUUACAUCUUCAUUUCAACUGUUCUGUAGCAGAAUAAAGCACUUGAAAGGAAACAAGACUCCCUUUCACACAUGGGUUAUAAGUUUCAGUCCUGGUAUCUGUGCUUGAUUUUUACCAGUUUUGUGUAGAUUUUAUGUUUCAUAUUUUAAAUUCAAAUCCCACAUUGUAAAGUUUGUGUACAAUUUGUCCUGAAGCUUUGUGUUUGGCUGCACCUGCAUAAGCUGCUACAAAUAGAAUAAAGAACUUCAUAGCCUGUAUCUAUCAUUUAGAUGCAUGGGAAAAUGGGCUUUGCACACAGUGGGUUUGGAGCUGACUGGGAACAAUGGAAAAAUAACAUUAGCUGAGCUGUGGUUGUAAAGUGUUUUGGUUCUCCCCCUCCUUUUUUUUUUUUUUUUUUUUUCUUCUUUUUUUCUUCUUCUUUUUCCUUUUUUUCCCUUUUUUCUUUUUUUUUCUUUUUUUUUCUUUUUUUUUCUUUUUUUUUUUACCGUCUUGUGAAAGGUUUCUGAAACUCGAUAAUAAAAAGCAGUUGGUGUAAAUUAUUCUUUGUCUCACAUUUUUAGAAGGAAGAACAUAUUUUGAACUGUAAAAUGUAUCCUUAAACCAGAGAAUGUAUCCUCAGUUCUGGUUCUUAAACAGCCCUUAAAAACCCAUUGGCCUGAAGCUUAUGCCUUAGGCACCUGCCCGUUUAUAGUUUCAGGGGACAAAAGAAAGUUUGAUAUGUUGGUAGAAACAGGCUUUAUUGGCUUCAAUUAACGCUUUGUAGAGUCAAGGACAUCGGAGUUACGUAACUCCUAAGUUCUGAUCCUGAGCAUCAGGGUCAGGUUAACCCAGCCUCUGUAUUUCCCCACCCCCACCCCCUUUAAAAAAAUAAGGUAACGGCAAAUCAAUACUAGAACCAUGUCUGCAUAGAAACUGUUAAAAUGCUCUGUUUUCAUUAAAUGUUAAGUUAAAGAUUCUCUUGUCUCCAUUAAGUUGAAUAUUUGAGAUUGGGGGAAGAAGCGUUGAUGAUUCUUAGUGUUUUAUAGAAAAAGACUGGUAUGAGAAAAAUCAGGUAAAACUACAAUGAAAAAAUGUAUUGCUCUUUCUUCAUCUUCUAUUACCUUCUUUUCAUUCCCAGAGUAGAUAUUUGUAGAACACACUGUAAUUUUAGGGAAAAGAGACAAAUCAGUUACAGAGUUCACAUUUGUGAAAGGACAAAUGGGAGAACGCUAAAAAUUUAAAACUUUGAAAUGUAUCAUGCCAUCCCUGAGCCUAACUGUAGUUGUAGUUUAUUUCUAGGUCUAGUAGAACCUGGAUGGGGGGGAAAGAAAAGGCAUCUUGGCAUCAGUCAAGGCCUGUGAGGUUUAAAAUACUGCCCUAUCCACUCUACCUCCAUUGUACAAAAACUAUUUUACAGCCAGCCUGGGCAAGAUGCAACCGCAUAGUAGUUUUGUAUCCAGGGUUACUUCCCCACAACCACUUUAAGCAUAAGAAAUGCAGUGGCAAUACAAAGUUUGUAGCCUUUCCAAUAAAGGUUUAUACAAAUUA